AUGGCGUUGCAGAGCGCUGAUCACUCAUUAUUCAUUCUUGUCACUCACACUAGCAUCUCUAUUGUUGUUGUAUAUGUUGACGACAUCUUAGUGGCAGGCAUUUUCCUGAAUCAGCAAAAAUAUGCUCUGGAUAUACUUUCUAACAAUGGUCAACUUGGUGCCCGGACCGCCUCCUUUCCAAUGGAACAACAUUUGAAGCUUUCCAAUGAAGAUGGAUCUUUACUUCCUGAUCCUAGCAUUUAUCGUCGUCUGCUUAGAGAAGGAAAUAAUCUACCUUCUGACUCAUCGAAAAAAUUGCCGACUCCGGAUCUGAUUGGAAGUAGUCAAAUUCAAUCCCCAAUUGCUGAUACUGAGGAAGAAACACAUGAAGAAAAUGGCCCCCUUAAUGAUGUUGACAGUUGCAGCAAUACUGUAAGGACAAAAUCAGUUGUAUGGCAACAUUUCAAGAAAGUUAAAGUUGACGGUUUUCGCCAAUCUCAGGCUGAUCACUCAUUAUUCACUCUUGUCACUCAUACCAGCAUCAUUAUUGUUGUUGUAUAUGUUGAUGAAAUCUUAGUGGCAGGCAAUGCUCUACCCCAAAUUCAGUUUUUCAAGAACCUUAUCUCCACUCACUUCAAAAACAAAGACCUUGGCUCUCUAAAGUUCUUUCUUGGCCUCGAAGUUGCACGUACUUUUACAGGCAUUUUCUUGAAUCAGCAAAAAUAUGCUCUGGAUAUACUUUCUGAUAGUGGUCAACUUGGUGCCCGGACUGCCUCCUUUCCAAUGGAACAACAUUUGAAGCUUUCCAAUGAAGAUGAAUCUUUACUUCCUGAUCCUAGCAUUUAUCGUCGUCUAGUUGGUUGUCUCAUUUAUUUGACCAUCACUCGACCUUACAUUGUUUAUGCCAUCAACAUUCUUAGUUAG